CAUCACUUCCGGUACUGGAGCGGAAAAGGCGGAGUUUGAGUCAAAAUGAGGGAAAAUAAGAACAUGUCCGAGUCCCCCUCUCAAGCGGGAAAAGAAAUACCAGCGAAAAAACAAAAACUAAGCAGUGACGAGAACAGUAAUCCCGAUUUAUCAGGAGACGAGAAUGAUGAUGCUGUCAGUGUUGAGAGUGGGACCAAUGCAGAGCGCCCAGACACACCCACGAACACUGCCAACGCCCCAGGCAGAAAGAGCUGGGGCAAGGGCAAGUGGAAGUCCAAGAAGUGCAGAUAUUCUUUUAAAUGUGUCAACAGCCUAAGGGAGGACCACGGCCAGCCGCUGUUUGGCGUCCAGUUUAACUGGCACAGCAAAGAGGGAGACCCGCUGGUGUUUGCCACAGUCGGGAGUAACAGGGUAACUCUGUAUGAAUGUCACUCUCAGGGAGAAAUAAGACUCUUGCAGUCUUAUGUCGAUGCAGACACAGACGAGAACUUCUAUACGUGUGCCUGGACCUACAACACCAACACUAACCAUCCUCUGUUGGCUGUCGCCGGGUCCCGUGGCAUCAUUCGGGUGAUCAACCACAUCACAAUGCAGUGUAUCAAGCAUUAUGUAGGUCAUGGGAACGCCAUCAAUGAGCUCAAGUUUCACCCGAGGGAUCCAAACCUCCUCCUGUCUGUCAGCAAAGAUCAUGCCCUUCGCCUGUGGAACAUACAGACGGACACGUUAGUGGCAAUAUUUGGCGGCGUGGAAGGCCAUCGAGAUGAAGUCCUGAGUGCUGAUUUUGAUCUUCUGGGUGAAAAGAUUAUGUCAUGUGGGAUGGACCACUCCUUAAAGCUUUGGCGAAUCAAUUCAGAGAGAAUGCAGAAAGCAAUCCGCGGGUCCUACGAGUACAACCCCUCGAAGACCAACAGGCCUUUUGUGUCACAGAAGAUUCACUUCCCCGACUUCUCAACACGAGACAUCCAUAGAAACUACGUGGACUGUGUGCGGUGGCUCGGGGAUCUCAUUCUCUCCAAGUCCUGUGAAAAUGCCAUCGUCUGCUGGAAACCAGGAAAGAUGGAGGACGACCUCGAUCACAUUAAACCCAACGAGUCAAAUGUGACGAUUCUGGGACGCUUUGAUUACAGCCAGUGUGACAUCUGGUACAUGCGCUUCUCCAUGGACUUCUGGCAGAAGAUGCUGGCUCUGGGGAACCAGGUGGGGAAGCUUUACGUGUGGGACCUUGAAGUGGAAGACCCACACAAAGCAAAGUGCACCACUCUGACUCUCCCCAAAUGCACAUCGGCCAUUCGUCAAACCAGCUUCAGCCGCGACAGCAGCAUUUUGAUAGCCGUGUGUGACGACGCUUCAAUCUGGCGCUGGGAUCGACAACGCUGAAAGGUUUAGCCUGAAGAAGAUCUUUUGGUUCCUGUUGCCCCCGCUGUACAGAUCUACACUGCAAGAAAUGUCCGUUUGAACGUUUCAUCUUCGGCGCGGUCUAAAAGUACAGUAUUUCCUUUAAAAAAAGGUGCGAAAUCGUGCCAAGGAAAGAUGAGAUGAUUCCUUUUGUUUUCAUUUCCUGUUUUUCUGCUGCAGGAGGGCGAGCUUUAUGUCCGCUCAAGGAUCAUUUUUAUAUCCAGCCAAACAUAAGUGCUGAUGUGGGAAUUAAUCUUUGAAGAGAACAUUGUUGAGCCACAAAAGUUUAAAAAAAAGAGAAGAAAGUGACGGACUUUGACCAAAAUCAUACAAAAAUAUUUAAAAUGUUUUAAUGUUACGGACUUCAAACAGCAUGUUGAAAUAUUCAACUUGAGCAGGUUGGAGGUUCUAGCCCCGUGUGUGCCUUCUAGAUUUCUAUGCAGUCUCGUUCAUUAAAAAUGAAUCAAUAAAACACGUGGAAUCAUCUCAACGGGCAGAUUGUUGUCAUUUGUUUUAAGGAGAAAUGAUGAUUUCUUUGCAGAGGCCACUUCUUAUCUUCAUUCACACAAAAGAAAUGAAGAUUUUUGUCCUUUUUGAAACUUGGUUUCCUUUAAUCUCUUGUCCCACUUCCACACAAACACUUUGUUGCAUCAUUUACCGUUUGACGUUGGAGGCUUUGAGUACACUCAAUAAAAUGUAUUUUGUAAAUAUA